UGCGCAUGCGACGUCCCCGGCGUAGCGCCACAGCUCGCGGCCGUCUCCGCAAUGACAGCCCUCUGCCAUGAACACCACCACACCUUCGCCUAUGCUACAUGCUUCUUUAUGUAGUUAGCAAGCGCUAUGAGCUCGUAAACGUCGGAGCGCUCUUCAUGACGUGGCAGCACGAGCGACGUCCGCGCCACGACACCUGCCAGCUCGCCCUGCCGCAACCACGCGUAUGACGCUGCGUUGCACUAGCACACGCCUACAUCCAUAUUCGGCUUGUUUCUUGGCAGGGGCUCUUCUCUAAGGAUGUGAAGGCGACCGUGCGACGUAACUGCGAUGUAGUACACUAUUUAAUCUCGGGCAGAUCCACAACGGCUGCGAUGGGACGGCGCUGGUGGCCGCUCGUCGUGUCCUGGACGCUGUGCUUCCUCCUGCUCCUCGAGCUUCCGCGGCUCGCGACGCCGACGCACCUCGACGUGGACGAUCCGCAGAGCAUCGCGCUCGAGGCCCUCACGGCCAAGUCGUCGCGUGUGCUGCACUGGGGCCAGCACGACUACCACCGCUUCGUCUUGCAGCCGUCGAGACCCUACGGCCUCGUCGUGCUCGUCACGGCGGCGGCGUCCUCGUACAAGUGCGACAUGUGCCGGCCGCUCGAGGACGAGUUCAAGAUCGCUGCCGGCCACUAUGCGCAGCAUCGCGAGCGUCGCCGGAACGCGUCGCCAUUGUACUUUGUCAUCCUCGAUGCCGACCGCAUCCGCGACUUUUUCAUUCAGCACAAGAUCAAGAACGUGCCACUGCUCGGGUACUUGGAGCCCAAGGAGAACGAUGCGCGGGACGGCACGGUGCGCCUCAGCGCCACAAACACAGUUCCCAACGCCGCCAGCAUCAUCGAGUACUGCAACGUCGUGCACGCAACUGACAUUCCGCGGCCCGUCUACUUUCGGCGGACGUUUACGAUUUCGUCGAUCCUGGCGCUCGCGUUCAGCGGGUCGGCGCACUACAUGUGCACGCACUUGGCGUCGCUUUUGGAGCUCGUGCAGAGCCGGCAGUUUUGGUUUGCUGUGUCCAUGGGGAUCUAUGGUAUCUCGGUCGGCGGGCUUGUCUUUUCGGCGACGACGGCGCUGCCACCGCUCCCACCGGGCGAGCGUGUGCCGUGGUUCCACCCGCACUUGCACCAGCAGUACCUCGGCGAAGCGCUCAUCGUGAUCUUCCUCAACAGUGUCAUCGCCUACUGCCUCAUCAAGCUCCUCGAGCACAAGCCGGCGCGAACCGCCGCGACUGGCAGCGUGAGCCCUUUCAGCGCUGUGCAUACCGCAUCGCCGCUCUCGCUCAAGACGCUGCAUGAGACCGCGUCGCAUGCGUUCCACUUGUCGAUUCUUCUCUACACGCUCUCGCUCGUAUGCCACAUCUUUGCGACCAAGUACCCGCACUACUCGGUGUGGGCGACGCUCCCGAGCUUCGUCCAAAGCUGGGUGCAACUCGCGUACGUGAGUCCGAUAUGGGGCUGGUUCUUUCAGCUGCUCGACAAACUGCGGGUCUGGCUCUUACGACCACUUUAAGCAUAAAUCUUUCAUCUAUUCC